CCAUCUAACGAGUAUGAUUCAUUUUGCAUGUGAGUUUUGUUCUAGUGAGUUUAAUGUUGCACCAAGCGAAGCUGUGCAAUGAGAUUCUCUUAAACUAACAUGUUAUGUUUUCAAUUCACUCAACAUUUGUAGUUGGAUGGAGCAUUAAGUGAUGUGGAAGGCAAGUAAGAAAGAGCAGGCAUUUAAGCUACAGUGGACAUUCUAACUGCUUGUACCAGAAAAUCAAAUAUUUGAAGAUUCAACUACAACUUAUGCCAAGGUCCACCUCCCCCAAAGCAGCUGCUUAGAUGAAAGAAACUAUAAAUUGCAAAAUUCUACAUCAUAGCGUUGCAGCUAAAGCCACCCCUCUCUCUCUUCCCCUUUACUUUUAAAGCUAAAGCAAAGAGCUCAAUUCUCCCACCAAACCAAUCGUCAAAUAUACCAUUAUCUUCCCACAUCCUCGUACACAUCCCAAACUCACUAACCAUCCAACCAUGGAAGACCCUGAAAUACCUAGCCAAAGUUCUGCCUCCACGGUCGACACCUCGCGUCCCUUCCGCUCCGUGAAAGAAGCUGUUGCCGUGUUUGGCGAACGCCUUCUAGUUGGAGACGCAUACUCAUCAUCUCCAAAACCAUCCACCGACGCCCCAUUGCCUGAAAUAGGCACAUGGGAGGCAAUGCCAAGCUCUACAACAACAAUAAAAGAAGAGAAAGAACAUGUUUUGGAUAGCUUGAAGAAACUCGAGGCAGAGCUGGAAGAGACCAAGGAAGAGUUGAGAUUGCUAAAGGAAAGGGAAGAAGAUACAGAAGUGGCAUUGGCAUCACUGAAUGCAGAGCUACAUAAGAACAUGUCAAAGUUAGCCGAGGCCGAGGCCGAGGCCGCUGCUGCGGCAAAAGCUGCAGCGACGAGAAGAAUUGCAACGGGAUGCGAGAGGGGAAGGAUAGAAGAAGAAAUGAAGAGGUCGGAAUUGAAGAUGAGGAGAAUGGAGGAGACAGAGUCACCUACAUUGGCUCAGAUAUUGAGCUUUGGAGACAAAAUAGGGUAUUUUGGAGGGAAGAAGGAGAAGAAAAAGAUAAAGAAAAAACCAAUUAUUCCUCUGGUGGGAGAUUUGUUGUUAAUAUUAAGGAAAAAAGGGUCUUCUGAGAGUGAUCUUCGUUCAUCUUUCAAUUCCUUCAAUUAGAAACCUUUGUAUUUGCCUUCUACCUUCUCCUACUUUUAUGUUUCUCUAUCGAGUUUGUGUAUCCGUUGUGAACUGUAUUUUAGUGUAUAUUUGGAAGUGAUUUUGAAAUUGUUGAAAUCACUUUUGUUAUUUUUAAAAUUACCGUGGAACACAUUUUCAUCACUUAAAAGUAAAUCGUUA